GAGCAACCCGCUGCAGCCGACCCUCGCGCCUGCCGCGGGCGACCGCAUCAACCGCUACUCGCACCUGAUCACGUCCGACCCGACUCAGGGCGCGUCGCAGGCCAUGCUGUACGCGACCGACGGCAUCGACCAGCCCAAGGACCUCGACAAGCCCAUGGUCGGCAUCGCCAACGUCUGGUACGACGGCAACCCCUGCAACAAGCACGUCCUUCACCUCGGCAACCGCAUCAAGGACUCGCUCACCAACGCGGGCAUCACGGGCUACGGGUUCGGCACGGUCGGCGUCUCGGACGGCAUCUCGAUGGGCACGUUCGGCAUGAGCUUCUCGCUCCAGAGCCGCGACUUGAUCGCCGACCAGGUCGAGACGGCGGCCGGCGGCCACUGGCUCGACGGCAUGGUGACGAUCCCGGCGUGCGACAAGAACAUGCCCGGUGUCCUCAUGGCUCUCGGUCGCCUCAACCGGCCAGGUAUCAUGGUGUACGGCGGCACGAUGCAGCCGGGCUCCUGUCAGGACCAGCCAGUCCUCGACGUCGUGAGCGCGUUCCAGUCGUACGGCAAGUUCCUCGAGAUGGGUUCGACGCCCGAGGCCGAGAAGAUCCGCCUCGACACGGUGCGCAACUCGUGCCGCAAGGAGGGCGGCUCGUGCGGCGGCAUGUACACGGCCAACACGAUGGCGUCGGCCGCCGAGGCCAUGGGCAUGACGCUCCCGUACUCGUCGUCGACCCCGGCCGCGUACAAGGAGAAGCAGGACGAGUGCGACGCCGUCGGCCCGGCCAUGCGCCGCCUCCUCGAGAACAACAUCCGCCCGCGCGACAUCAUGACGCGCUCGGCGUUCGAGAACGCCAUGGUGCUCACCAUGAUCCUCGGCGGCUCGACCAACGCCGUCCUGCACCUGAUCGCCAUCGCGCACUCGUGCGGCGUCAAGCUCGGGAUCGACGACUUCCAGGCCGUGAGCGACCGGAUACCGUUCGUCGCCGACCUCAAGCCGUCGGGCAAGUACGUCAUGGAGGACGUGCACAAGAUUGGCGGCAUCCCAGCCGUCCUCAAGUACCUCCUCGAGAACAAGCUCAUCGACGGCGACAUCAUGACCGUCACGGGCAAGACGCUCGCCGAGAACCUCGAGCCGCUCCCCGGGCUCAAGCACGGCCAGGACGUCAUCCGUCCGCUCGACAAGCCCAUCAAGUCGACGGGCCACAUCCGCAUCCUCAAGGGCAACCUCGCGCCCGGCGGCUGCGUGUCCAAGAUCACGGGCAAGGAGGGCCUCACGUUCGAGGGCAAGGCGCGCGUGUUCGACAACGAGGAGGACGUCUAUCACGCCAUUGAGGACAAGAGCAUCAACACGAGCGAGAAGACGGUCAUCGUCCUGCGCUACCUCGGCCCCAAGGGCGGUCCCGGCAUGCCCGAGAUGCUCAAGACGACGUCGAUGGUCAUGGGCGCCGGCCUGGGCCAGCACGUCGCGUGCGUCACCGACGGCCGCUUCUCGGGCGGCACGCACGGCUUCACGGUCGGCCACGUCGUCCCCGAGGCGUUCGUCGGCGGCAACAUUGCCCUCGUGCAGGACGGUGACGUCGUCUACAUCGACGCCAUCAAGAACACGAUCGAUAUGCGCAUCUCGGACGAGGAGCUCGAGCGCAGGCGCAAGGAGUGGACCCCGCGCGAGCCCAAGGUCAAGCAGGGCACCCUGUACAAGUACACGAAGCUCGUCUCGGACGCGUCGCACGGUGCCGUCACCGACCUCCUCGACUGAGCGAGUUGGCCUCUGUCUUCUUGCGUCGUAUCUCAUGCUGCAUUAUUUCCAUCUUUCUGUUGCACCCACGUC